UGGUAUUAAUAAGAGCAGGUUGGAGACUGAAACUAUUCGGUUGGAGUUGUAGAGGUGAAAUUGCGUUCAUUUUCGUGAGAUUGCUGAGAAAAUGAGUAAAUUCGAUCACGUCGUGGUUGGAUCGGGAAUCGUUGGAUCCUGGACGGCUCUCUGCUUGAAAAGAUUGGGAAAAAAUGUUCUUCUGGUCGAUCAGUUUGGCGAGCCGAAUACCCGUGGCAGCUCACACGGCCACAGCCGCAUCAUCAGAUCCAGCUAUCCUCAGAAGUUCUUCGCGGAGAUGAUGCCGCACGCUUACAAGAUGUGGGACGAGCUGGCGGAAGAGACUGGACAGGAGAUCAUUGCGAAAGCGAAGUACCUGGCCAUCUGUUCAACUAGUGCGUUCAACAAGGCUUUCAACGACAGUCUGCAAAACAUGAAGAGUUUGUAUCCGGACCAGCUGGACGAACUGAAACCGGGAGAGGUCAACACCCGAUAUCCCACGACUCUGAAAUAUGGUGCGUUUACGAAAGCGUUCUUGGACAAAAGUGGAGGAGUGAUUAAUGCCAUUAAGACUUUAUUGGCUGUGCAGACUUUGUACCGAAAAAAAGGAGGAGUAAUGUGGGAAAACUGCGAAGUGACAAAAAUUGUUCCAGAAGGGCAGGACGUGAAACUUACCACUGAGAAAGGGGACGUGACUGCCAAGUCUGUGGUCGUCUGUGCCGGACCCUGGGCUAAGAGAGUACUGACACCUGAUCUGAUUCCUUCCUUGCCUCUCGAACCUCAAGUAAUCACUGUAUUCUAUUGGAGAGAAAAGGUUAAAGGCGCCUACAGUCUUUCUUCAGGGUUUCCGACUCUGUACGACUUUGAUGGUUCAAAUGCAUUCGCUUUUCCUUCACACGAAUACCCAGGACUUGUAAAGGCAUCCUUCGAUAAAGGCAACGCAACAAAUGACCCAGACGAAAGAGACAAAGUGUCCAUGGAUCAGAGAACGUUGGAAAACCUGAAGAAAUACAUAAGAGACCAUUUUCCUCUUCUCGAAAGUGAGCCUGCCAUCAUCGAGAAAUGCUUGUACACGAUGACUCCUGACAAGAACUUCAUAGUUGAUACUUUGCCUAGCCAUAAGAAUAUCGUCAUUGGUGCUGGAUUUUCUGGGACAGGAUAUAAGACAGCUCCUGUCAUUGGUCGAAUGUUGAGUGAAAUGGCCACUGGGAAAGCCCCAUUUUUAGAUGCUACACCUUUCCGUUUGUCAAGAUUCAAUAAGGCAUGAAAAAGUCGACUCAAUUUGGUUGAAAUUUUCAAUGAACAUACACUAUGUGAAGAGAAAUCAAAUGAAGAAAGAAAAUAAUUUUAUUUCUUUGCUUCGUAGAAUUUGUAUCUUAAAUCCAGAGUCGUUAAUAUGCUCUCGAAUGUGACUAUAUAUGCAAAACGAUAAAUUAAUUAUAAUUAUGCAAUCUCUUCAACUAAUUUAUUAUGUAAUACUUUGUUCAGUUCAUUUGUAAA